AUAAAUACGGGCUUUAGAUCCUUGCUUUGUUUCUUUUUUUUUCCCUUCAGUACUACUCCAAAGACAUUCGUUCUCAAUCACUUGAUAACUUUCAUAUAUCUACCAUACCAUCUACUUCUCUCUAAUCACCAUCAUCUUUAAUCAACUACCAUCAAAAUGAAGUUCACCCUCGCUUCCACCCUCCUCCCCCUCCUGGCCACCGCUGCCCCCGCCCAGCAGCGCGACUCCUCCAACUCCACUGCUUCUUCUACUCCCUCUACCUUCGGCAUCAUGUCCGCCCGCUCUGGCUCCCCCAUCCAUCUCCUCCCCUUGAACGCCAACAGCGGUGGUUUCUACCUGGGCGGAAACACCUCUUCUUACUGCCCUAUCUCUUCCGGCUGCCCUGCCGGUACUGAGACCGUUUUUGCUGGUGAUGGCUCUGCUUUGGACGUCGAAGUUCCCGGCGGCCAACAAGUCUACGUCGCACCCAGCGGUGCCCUGACCUUCACCGUCCCCCACUCGGCCUACAUCCCCGCUGGCUCCUCCACCGGCCCCUUCAAGUACACCCCCGGCAAGCCCUUCGGCACCUGGACUUUCACCGGUGCCGGUGCCACGGGCUUCAUGGCUUGCCCUGACGAGGGUAACAAGUGGCAGGUGUUUGCUGCUACGCAGAAUGCUACCGUGCCUAGUGGCAAUGUUGCUGAUUGCUUGGGUUUUGAUGCCCUUGCUGUGGCUACUAAUGGUUCGGUCGCUGCUUGGGAGUACAUCUAAAUAAGUACUUUCUGGUAUGUUAGGAUGAUAGUGGGGUAGAAGGGGGAUGGGGUAUAUAGUUGUGGUGUGUAUAGAGUGAAAUAGUAGGGUUUGUGGUUGUGGUUGUGGUUGUAGUUAUUAAUGGUUGUUGUGUACAUGUAUGUUAAUGUCAUUAAUGAUUUGUUGAUGUUGUGAUUGAUUGGUUAUUUAUUGUAAUAUUAGUUUUAGUUAUUUGGUGGGAGUAGUUUUAUUAUGAU